GUGUCUCAGGCUCUCUCCCUGGAUAGGGUCGGGGGAGGGGUGGCUGGGAAAUACUCUCCCUCCUGAAUUAAGAGCUGAGUUUCGAGCUCAGAGUUGAGUUUCGGUCUAAGCCACUUGUUCCUAGAAUCUCUAAAACAAGCAUCCAAGGGUACCACACUCCAGGAGGACAGCGUCCGGCCGCGCCAUGUGGCGGACCCUGCUUCUGCUGCUGCCGACGGUGUCGCGCCUAAGCGAGGCAGAUCGUCCCCAGGAGAGGGUCCCGCUCUUCCGGCUCACUCAGCAGGGCUCCUCGGGGUGCGGCUGCAGCAACGCCACAGGCUCGCCCUGCGAGGGGCUCCCCGCCGCGGGGGUCACCGCCUUGAGCCUGGCGAACCGCAGCCUGGAGCGCCUGCCCAGCUGCCUGCCGCGCGCCCUGCGCAGCCUCGACGCCAGCCACAACCUGCUGCGCGCCCUGAACGCGUCGGACCUCGGCCGCCUGCCGCAGCUGCGGGUGCUGACGCUGCGCCGCAACCGCGUCGCCGCGCUGAGCUGGGGCCCGGGCGGCCCGGCCGAGCUGCACACGCUGGACCUCAGCUACAACCGGCUGGCCGCCCUGCCGCCGUGCGCCGGGCCCGCGCCGCGCAGCCUCCGCACGCUGGCGCUGUCGGGGAACCCGCUGCAGGCGCUGCCGCCCCGGGCCGUCGCCUGCUUCCCUGCCCUGCGGCUCCUCAACCUGUCGGCCACCGCGCUGGGCCGCGGCGCCCGGGGCGGCAUCGCCGAGGGGGCGUUCACCGGGGCGGACGGCGCGCCCCUGGACGCGCUUGAGGUCCUGGAUCUCAGCGGCACGUUCCUCGAGCGGGUUGAGCCAGGGUGGAUCAGAGACCUGCCGAAGCUCACGUCCCUCUACCUGAGGAUGAUGCCCAGGCUGAGGACCCUGGAGGGGGAUAUUUUCAAGAUGACUCCCAACCUGCAGCAGCUGGAUUGUCAAGACUCCCCAGCACUUACUUCUGUCCACACACACAUCUUUCAAGAUACUCCUCGUCUGCACGUCCUUCUGUUCCAGAACUGCAACUUGAGUUCCUUCCCUCCUUGGACGCUGGCUUCCUCCCAGAUCCUAUCCAUCAACUUGUUUGGCAACCCCCUCACUUGCAGCUGUGAGUUGUCCUGGCUGCUCAAGGACGCAAACAGAACCGUCCUAAACAGGGCGACAGACACCACGUGUGCACCCGCUGCGGGCUCCAGCAGCCCCUUCUCCGCCCGGCUUUCACUCUCCCAGCUGCCUGGUGUGUGCCGGUCCCACCAAAGCGCCACCCUUCUUGCUUCAAACCCACCCUCCUCGGACCACUGGGCCUAUGCACCGACUGCCCUGGGGCCCUCCACCCGGCCGGGCACAGCCCCCUCCGCCCGGCCUGCCAGGGGCCAACAGAGUGUCACUGAGGUCCCCUCCCUAGGUGUGGAUUCCCUCACACAAGCUGCCUGGACGCCCAGCGACGCAGGGGAGGGGACUGCCCCCUCCACCGUCAACUCUCCAGCAGGACGCCGCGACUCCAGCGUUCCACCCAGGGCUGCCAGCGCAGCCGGGACAGGGCACCGAGGAGAACAUGCUGCCAGGCUUGUCCUGGAGCCUAAUGUCUCAGCUGCCUCCACGCCAUUGGCCAGCGAGCGCCUGGGCCCCUUCCCUACCUCGUGGAGCGGCUUGGGCACAGCCCAGCCCGACCAGAGGACGCGACCCACCCCUCAGGCUUCCCACCCGAGUCCCUCUGCGGGAGGGAUUCCAAUCCUCUUGUUAGACGACUACAGUGAGGAGGAGGAGGGGACCAAGGAGGAGGUGGCAGCGCCUCUCCCUAAUGUCCCUUGUGAUUACCACCCCUGCAAGCACCUCCAGACCCCGUGCGCGGAGCUGCAGCGGCGCUCGCGGUGCCUGUGCCCCGGCCUCAGCGGGGAGGACACCAUCCCAGACCCUCCCCGGCUGCAGGGGGUGGCGGAGACGACCGACACGUCGGCGCUCGUCCGCUGGUGCGCCCCCAACUCGGUGGUGCACGGGUACCAGAUCCGCUACGCGGCCGAGGGCCGGGCGGAGAACCAGUCGGAGGUGGGCAUCUCGGCCACCGCCCGGCAGCACACCUUGUACGGGCUGUCGCCGGGCACCACGUACCGCGUGUGCGUGCUGGCGGCCAACAGGGCGGGCCCGAGCCAGCCGCAGGCCUCGGGCUGGAGGAGGGCGUGCGCCGCCUUCACCACCAAGCCCAGCUUCGCGCUGGUCCUCGCGGGGCUGUGCGCCGCCCUCGGCCUCCUGCUCGUCAGCACCCUGGUGCUGUCCGCGUGUCUCUGCCGGCGGGCCCGGGCGCCACACCCGCGGCGCUACGACACGCACCUGGUGGCCUACAAAAACCCGGCCUUUGACCAUCCGCUGGCGACCUAGAUCUUCAAUUAGCCAGUUUCCCCUCCUCCAAUUGAACUCUUAAGCGCAGAAAAGAAGAUACAGAGGGUCAAAAACAGCCCCGUCAGCUCUAGUGUUUCUAACUCCCGUGAAGCCAGCACGCCUCGGGCACACAGGACUUGCCACACUGAGUUUCUCAGUCCAAGGAACAGCUUCCUUCCCUUCCUUCCACUUUACUCUGUUCCCAGAAACCUGAUGAUCAUGGCCAGACCUCUUCCGUGUGUGUGGAACAUCACCUGUGUGUGGUUGCAUUUGGGUGUUCCAGCAGUUAGUGCCCCUCAGUAUCCGGCAGAAUAGUGUAUGGAAGUAGGAAGGGAAAGAACAAGAGAAAUCGCAUAACCCAGCGUCUUCUGCGUAUUAGAGGUGACACCCUCAGGUCUUUCCAAGAAGUUCUUUCAUGGUCAAGCUCUGGCCUAGGCAUAAUGAGCUAUGUUAUUCAAGCAAUCGAUUCCAGCGGUUUCCUGGGACUGGGGGUGAGGGGAAGAACUGUGGGUUGUUUCCUAAGGCCUUCUGGGUUUAUCAGUUGCAUUUCAGGAUAUGGAAAAAAAAAAUGUACUUCCAGUUUUACAGUUAAAACUGCAGUUUUCUGGGAAUAUUUGUAAAACACAGGAAAAGGCUGUCCUUUUAAAAGUCACUGUUAACUACGUUUCACCUGAGACUAAGUAGACAAAUGAACUAUGAAUUCCUUUUCUAGGAAGCAUAAUAACCUUGCUUUCAGGAACUUUUUCUUAAAAUUGGGGGAAAGAAAUGGGCAAAAGACAACCUCAAGGCUCUAGCUAAAAACCAAAGCAUUUCUUUCCUCCCAAUUGAUCAACCAAUACCUUAAUAAUUUGUGUCUUAGUGUGGGAUGUGUCUACUAUACCUUUUUCAAUUUUAUACAAACAGGGAAAAAAGUGAUUCUAUGAAAUUAUAAGUGAGGCCAUAUUUCUAAUUUUCUACAUGAGCAUUUGUUAAUUUCCUGUAGUUGCAGUAACAAAUUACCACAAAGUGAUAAAACUGGCUUGAAAUAACAAAUUUAUUUUUCUCACAGUUCAGGCCAGAAAUCCAAAUUCCAGGUAUCAGCAGGAUUGAUUCCUCCUAGAGGCGCUGAGGGAGAAUUGUUCCAUGCCCGUCUCCUAGCUGCUGAUGGUUAGUGGAAAUCCUUGGUGUUCCUUGGCUUACAGGUAUCACUCCAAUCUAUGCCGCCAUCAUCUCACGGCAUUCUGUGUCUGUGUCCAAAUUUACUUUUUCUUACAAGGAAACUAGUCAUUGGAUUAAGGCCCACUGUAAUCCAAUACGAUCUCACCCUAACUUGAUUUCAUCUGCAAAGACCCUAUUUCCAAAUAAGGUCAUAUGCACAGGUACUAGGUGUUAGAACUUGAACAUACCUUUCUUGAAGGACACAGUUCAACCCACAACAGCAUUUAAUUCUGCUGUCAGGAAAAAAAAUCAAGUUUGAAUCCCAUGUAUCUUUUGUUCCCAAACCAUGUUGCAGAAACUGAGCAUAUCCCACCCUGCUUAAAAAUUGCAAAGCAUGCCAGGUAUGGUGGCAUGUGCCUAUAGUCCCAGCUAUUUGGGAGGCUGAGACAGGAGGAUGAAUUGAGCCCAGGAA